UCAUUCAGAAACAAUCCACUGGUGCGACCGACAGUGAUUUGACAAUAUUUUCGGAGAAUAUUCAAGAACCUUCGUGUGCCAGGCACAAUUUAUAUAAAAGCCGAACCUGCGGCCAUAUUGCGCUUGUACACGAACUGCAAACGAAUACGACGCAGUAGACAAACGCAACACACAAAUUGCGAAAUAAAAAUAGAAUAUUUUCAAUUGAAACAAAAUUACACAAAAAGUAAAUAAUUUCUACAAAGUGUAAAGAGCUGAAAAUUUGCAAUAUGUCGGAGAAAUUUCUGAAAAUCACCUAUAACAUUGUGGAUGCAGGAGCAGCGGGCGCAACGCGGAAGCUGAAUACAUACAUUCUAUUGCCGGAAUUUCAAAUAGAUGUCCAAGAGGCAAUUAAAAGUUUCCUGUUCGAGGAUAGCAAACUGCCUGAGUUCAAGUUCAGGACAUAUUGGAUAGAUAACGAUGGUGAUGAAAUCGAGAUCGCCAACAUGUCUGACUAUAUUAUUUUCAAGGAGAAAUGUGCGGACAAUAUGCGUAUUCAAGUUGCGUCCGAGAUAUGCUCCUCGUCGGAUUCCGCCGAGCCGAAGAUAGCUCAAGCUACUCCCGAAAAUGUUGAUGAUCCCACCAAUUUCAUCAUACACGACGGGGUCGAGUGCGAUUCGUGCAAUUUAGCGCCAAUCAUUGGUUUCCGCUACAAGUGCGUGCAGUGUCCCAAUUUUGAUCUGUGCCAGAGCUGCGAGCGAGCACACAAGCAUCCCAAUCAUAUGAUGGUCCGCAUGCCCAACAACAAUGGACCCAGUGUCAUCGAUGCCUGGAUGUGUGGCCCAGGUUCGCAUCAUCGUCGCUCGCAUCGUCGCUUCCGGGGUCAAUGCCCCUUUUCGGAUUUGACUGUGGAUGCUGACGCUGAGACGCCAACUGGCUCAUCUCCAGGUGCUGCUCCAGCUGCUAAUGGGCCCAAGGAGAGUCGUCGCGAUCGCAGACAUGCACGUCGCCAUGGCGCUGGCAGUGGCAGUGGCGGCGUCUUCUCCCAAUUUAUGGAAAUGAUGAUGAAUUUGCCGGAGAGCAACACAACUCCAACGACGUCGGCGGCUGCACCAGCCACAGCUACAGCUCCUCCGAAGGAGCAGCCAGUUGAGCAGACAACUGCUGAGACUAAAUCACAAAAUGCAAAAGAGGAGGCAUUUGUUGUUCAGGAUGAAACCGUUACCGAGGAACCCGUCGCUGCUCCGCGCAGCCCCAAGGAGGAACCCAAACUACAGGCAACAUCUGCUCCAGCUCCCGCCGCUGCUGCUCCCACUCAAGCUGCUGGUAGCAGCACACCAACCACACCCGUCAUUAGCCUGGAGAACUUGGCCCAGAUGGUCAAUCCCGAGUAUGUGCGGGCCGGCAUCGAGAUCUUGAACAACUUUAGCGAAAUGUUUGCAAAAAUGAUUGAUCCUAGCGAGGCAGCUGCCUUUGGUUGUGCAGAAACAUCGAUGGCAUCCUCCACAUCCAGUGGCUCAACAGCUUCGCAAAAGACAGAAGCUGGCGCAGAGACCACAGCAGCAGCAGCUGAAACUUCUUCAGCUCCAGUUACAGUUGCAGCUCCAGUGUCGGUUGCAGCUUCAGUGUCGGUUGCAGCUCCAGUUGCUGUUCCAGCUCCUGUUCCUGUUCCAGUUCCAGUUGCAAUUCCAACUCUAGUUGCAGUACCGACUCCAAUUACAGUUCCAACUCCAGUUGCAGUUACAGAUCCAACUCCAGCUAUCCCGACUCCAACUUCAAAUGACGAUGCCGAGAAGCAGCGCAGCCGAUCAGAGAGCUUGGGUCAGGAUUGGCAAAUGAUUGACAACACGGCAACGCUAACUGACAACGUUUCCAGCGCGGAUGUGUUGAUCAAUUUGAACAAUAACGACAACAGCACCAUUACAACAACAGCACCGGCAGCAGUUGCUGCGGAUAUUGUUUCACCAACUCACGACUAUGUCCAGUUGGGUGAGAUGCUGCGCCAACAUGUCAACGAGGAAGAGCAGCAGCUGCUACAUCAACAGCAACAACAACAGCAGCGCGAGCAGAGCACGGCUCACACUCAAACAUCGCAGGUGAAUACGGUGAGCACCUCGACUUCAACAAUGGAUGGGGUAGCCCCAACAGCAGCUAAUCCUCCCCCCACAGCUGUUGCCGAGGAGUGGCGUUCAGUGCUCGUCUACCAUCACGAUGAACGCAUUAAUGCCGCCGUACACGCAAUGAUGGCGAUGGGUUUCAGCAAUGAAGGCGCCUGGCUGACGCAGCUGUUGGAGUCUGUGGAGGGCAACAUACCAGCUGCAUUGGACAUAAUGCACACAUCGCAAAGUGGUCGCAAUUGAUCCUUGUUGUCGUAUAUCUAUCAUUUAGUUAACUUUAAUAUUCACAAUAUUCUAUAUUAGCAGCCUUAGGCAUAAUUAUGCCAAGUUGUUUCUUAUAUGUUUGUUUUACUCUUGGUGAAUUGUUUCCAAUUAUUUUACCGAACGAAAGAUACGUGAAUAUAUAUCUAUGUUUAAUCUAAAAUAUAUGUAUCUAUGUAUGUAUAAACCGUAAUUAUUCAAAACUAUAUUAUCCACUGGUGUAUUAAACCAAAAAAAAAAAACAAUAAAAACAAUUAUAAUCAAAA